UUGGGAGCGGAGGCUGGAACCGUUCAAUUCUGACCAUUUAACCCGUCUCUGCCAUGAUUCGGUGACAAUUUGAAUGAGCAGCCCCUUCGUUUUUUGCAUUACCAUCGCAAGAAGGGCUUAUGUGCUCCUCGAAGCUUGAUUUCCGGCUUGGGGUGCUCAGUGUUGUCGGGGAAGAGUCCGUUUCAGCUGCACUGCAUCAACAUGGGUGUGAUUGGCGUGCAGCUGGUAGUUACCAUGGUAAUGGCCAGUGUAAUUCAGAAAAUCAUACCUCAUUAUUCCUUUGCAAGAUGGCUUCUGUGCAGUGGCAGUCUGCGGUGGUAUCAGCACCCUACGGAAGAUGAGUUGAGGAGCUUAGCAGGAAAACAAAAAGGACAGAAGAGGAAAGACAGAAAGUACAACGGUCACAUAGACAAUAAGCCGCUAACAGUUCCAAAGGACAUAGACUUACAGCUGGAGACAAAAUGCAUCACAGAAGUCGACACAUUAGCUUUGCACUACUUCCCAGAGUUCCAGUGGCUGGUGGACUUCACAGUAGCAGCCACUCUGGUCUAUCUGAUAACAGAGCUGUACUACUGUGUGGCUCAGCCCUCAGGAGAGAUGAACAUCAGUGUGGUCUGGUGUCUGCUGGUACUCGCUUUUGUCAUCAAGACUCUUUUCUCUCUGACGGCCCACUACUUCAAGCUGGAGGAAGGAGGCGAGCGCUCACUCUGCAUCACUUUUGCUUUCUUCUUUUUUGUCAAAGCCAUGGCCAUUCUCAUUGUCACUGAAAACUACCUGGAGUUUGGCCUGGAGACAGGGUUUGCAAACUUCUCUGACAGUGCUCUACAGUUUCUAGAGCACCAGGGCUUAGAGUCCCAGGGUCCCAUAUCUAAACUCACCUUUAAGCUGAUCCUGGCCCUACUCUGCUCCCUGAUUGGAGCAUUUCUCACUUUCCCUGGUCUACGAUUGGCCCAGAUGCACCUUGAUGCACUCAAUCUGACCACAGCCAAAUUUACACAGACUCUUCUCCAUAUCAACUUCCUGUCCCCUCUUAUCAUGGUCCUGUUGUGGGUGAAGCCUAUUACCAAGGACUACAUAAUGAACCCCACUCUGGAAAAGGAGAGUGUGCCUUUGAUGACUGAGCAGACGUUUGAUACGCUGCGGUUAUGGACCAUCAUACUGAUGUGUGUUCUCCGGCUCGCAAUGAUGAGGCAUCAUUUGCAGGCCUACCUCAACUUGGCCCAGAAGGGCGUGGACCAGAUGAAGAAGGAGGCGGGGCGGAUAAGUACUGUCGACCUGCAGAAGAUGGUUGCACGUGUUUUUUACUACUUGUGUGUAAUCGCACUACAGUAUGUGGCACCACUGGUGAUGCUGCUACAUACGACUUUGCUGCUAAAAACAUUAGGUGGACACUCCUGGUGGGUUUAUCCAGAAGAAGACCUGCCAUGUCUCUAUGAUAUAAACUCUGACUCUGUGAUGGGGGCGCCACCAAUAGCUGCCCCGACACCAGCUCCAGUGACAGAGACAGGAGCCCGGGCGUCGGUUGCCCAGCUGUCAGUGGCCCUCGGGGGCCUGCGGACUGUCUUCAGCCCUCUGCUUUUCCGAGGCCUUUUUUCCUUCUUCACCUGGUGGAUCGCUGCCUGCCUCUUCUCUACAUCCCUCUUUGGCCUCUUUUACCAUCAGUAUCUCAUGGCGGCAUAGCAUCAGAACCCCAGCAGAGGCAGCGGGACCCUCACAGGGCAGCUGUGUGCUCCGCCCGAUCAGAAAAGACUGAGUGAGGGUGACAGAAGCCGACUGAUGACUCUGCUCAAAGCCUCCACCUUCUCCUCCCUCUGACAGCCUCACAAUGACCGGCCAUAUCAUCAGAGCUUCUGGUUCAACUCUAUGUGCUUCCUCCACAGACCAUUCUGUGAACUUGUAUGUUUGUUUUUAUAACUAAAACCACUACCUUUUUUAUUUGAAGGCAAGUUUAUAAAAAAAACCUAAAGACUGAGAAUAUUUACAGUCACUUUCAGCUGUUUAAUAAGAAAUCGGUUCACUGUGGUGAAUGAAAUUGGAUGAUUCAAGGCAGAAUUCUGAAUUCCUUUUACAUGUUUAAAUGUGGUGUUGCAUUGCUCACUUUUACAAGGUUUAGGGAAGUCAUUUUGUAGACUGGUGUGAUGAUUUUGAUCCAUCAACAUCGUCAAAUUCAUGAUUACUUUUACUUAAAGCCCACAUGAAGAAGAGGGAGUCAGAUACAGUCUGUUUUCCUCCUUUUUAGGUAAUUUACCUUGUCAAUGGUACUGGCAUAUUUAUCUGAGAAACAUUUUUGGAGUAACUACAUAAAUGGAUGCAUUCUGUCAUUAUUUAUUGGUACUGGAUUGGCUGAAUUUAGGGUGUGGAGAGCCUAUAUUUCAGUGUCUAUCACAGUAUGUUGGUGCUGCUUUUCUACGGUGAAAUGCUAUAGAGCAGCUUAUUUUUGUUAAGUAAUAUCAUAACCCAAGAAAGCUAAUGAAGGCAAAUGUAAGCUAAUAUCACUCUUACAUUUUAAAAUUUAUUUUUGGAAACUGCAGUAUUUUCUCUCUCUUUUUUUUUUUUUUUUGAUCAGAUCGUAAAAUCUUGUUUUACUAAAAUAUCUAAAUCUCAUUGCCAUGGACCACAAAGAGGUCUGAGAGAGUCUUAACAUGCUCAGCAAGGACAGCUGUGUCCGUCUUUGUACCAGGAGGAGGAAGAGGGGGAGGAGGGAGAGGCAGCCUGUGGACACUUGUGCAGAACUGUCAGAGUUACAGAAUGAAGAACUGAAGAAGAAGAGGAGGAGAUGAUGCUAAACUCACAGGGAGAAAUAUUACUGACUUGAAGCUGAUGUAUUUAAAUAAUUCUGAUGGAAGUUGCCAUCGAGGACAAACUUAGUUUUUUAAAUGGAAGGCUAUACGACAGAUUUGUGAUGUUUUCUUUGCAUUGUAACCUCCCUGGUGUUAUCUGAGCCAUUCUUAAGCUAUGGGAGGAUGUAAAGCUGUUUUUUAGAGCAGCAGUGAUGAUUUAAAGGGAGGACAGCACAUGUGUGCAUGUAUAGUGUCUGCUGUAUGUCAGCUGUAUUCUGAAAGGGCAUUGUGAUCAAGAGGAGAUGAUGUCAACUACUGUUGAGCUACCGCCUUUAUGUGUUUUUUUAAAAACUCUUCUUACCCAUCCAUUGUUUUUAAAUCCAUUAAGAACAAUCUUUUUUCUUCUUUUAAAGGAUCAAAUUGUGAUUUUUUUUUUUCAACUUUUUUUUUUUUUUCAAACUGUGCCAAGUCGGUCUGUUUCCCUGUCCUAGUGUCUGUAAAUGUGGUGUCUGCUCAUGUUUGAAACAACUGGACUACGACUCUGCGGCCUUCUGUUUUCUGUACAUCCAUGUUGGUUGGGGGGAAUCACAGGCUCGGGUUCACAGCAGGACAUGAUAGUAUUUUCAUUAUCUCUGUGUGCUGUGAUUCCUCUACGCGCACAAACACUAUCAUUGUGCAGAGGUACUGGGCUGAUGUCUAGUAUAUUCAGGAAUGUAAGGUACAUAAUGCUGGUUAACUUGCACAAUUUGGUGGUUUUUCUGGCAUUUCUAUUCAUCAUUGAACCAUCACUUUACAACUCUGAGUUUUAUACAAACACAUCUUACAGAUUCAAGCAGCACCAUAUCACAUUUUUAGCUCCAGAUGUUGAAAGUCUUAGCUUCAGUUUUGUCUUUGACGGAGAAUAUGCACAUAAUGAAUGUAUCAAUCCUGCCUAAUUUACAUUGUUUUCAUGAAGAUGAUUUUUAUUAAUUGAUUUAACCUCCCUCUCCCUUCCUGCACUUCCUGAACUCAUUUCUUGUUUAUAACUAUUUACCUUUGACUCAAUCUAAUUUGUCCUAAUGACUUUUUUUUAAUUGAUGAUUUAUCUUUGUUUUUGUAUUUAUUUCACAUGUUGAGGCCUGUAAACAUUUCUAAUUUUUAACAGCAAACGCUUCAUUUUGUUAUGGGAGUUAAUGUUGGCUGAAAUCAGUUUUGGAAAUGUGUUUGACAAAUCAGUUUCAGAUUAACCUUUUUUAAAUGAUUUUUAAUGGUCUGGUCUGCUAAGAAGUAGCUGGGAUACUUUCAGAAAUCAGUGGCUCAAUGAGGCAUUGUUUCUUCUGUUUGUUACCAUUGGAAGUGUUCAUUUUGUUUCACCAAGUAAAUUUCACGCGUUGUUCUUUCAUGUAUUUAUUUCGGCUUUAGAUUUUGUCUUAAAUAAAUUAUGUUCUUUA